GCAUCCGGAUACAGUUUACGACCUCAAGAACAAGUUGCGAUGUUCGAUCUUUAACUGCAAGUUUUGGAGCCUUUGACGAAGAAACGAGUUUCGUCGAGUUGACCAUUCUACAAUUCCUGGUCUUGCCGGCGGAGGGAUGAGAUCAGUUGCUGUCGCUGUCAACGGCGGCUCCAGCGCUGGCAGGGGUAGCCGGCGAGCCGUCCAGUGGGCGUUGGAGAAUCUUAUGCCUCAAGCCGAUAAGUUCAUCUUAGUUCACGUUAUGCCUAUAAUCACUUCUAUUCCAACGCCAUCUGGAGACUGUAUCCCUAUUAUGGAUCUAGAUGCCAACGUGGCAACAGCUUACGUACAGGAUGUGAAGGAGAAGUUCGAGAAAAUCUUUAUUCCAUUCAAGAAACUCUGCAAAGCGGGCACAGUUGAAACUUUAUUGCUAGAAGAUGACAAUCCUGCAACCGCACUACUUAAAUAUAUAUCCGAAUCAGAGAUUCAAAUAUUAGUGUUGGGAACUGACUCUUCAAAUUUUUUAACAAGGAAGCUAAAAGGACCAGGGAUACCAACGACCGUUCUAAGAUGUGCCCCAGACACUUGUGACGUAUAUCUUGUAGCUAGAGAUAGAACUAUAUCAAAAUUAGCUGAUUCUUCGUCUUCUCCUCCAUGUGAGACUAGCUCUAGCUACUUCAUGUCUGCACAAGGCAAUAAAGGAGACGUCAAUGCUGGCUUUGGUAGAGAAAUGACUGGACUCAAUUCUUCCGCAAGAGGACCUGAAUUUCUCACAAACAUAUUCCCAUCAAUGUCAGAGUGGAGUUUCAUAGGUUCGCAAACAUCUACUCCCGCAUAUUCUCUUAAAAAUCCCACUAUAAAUGAAGACAAUCUAGAGAGCUUAGAGAUGAUGCUGAAACUGCAAGCAUCUACUCAUUUGAUUCCAUGGCUUCUGCACAAUGUGAAGAAUCAUGCAAGAAGUAAGCAGCUGCAGCUGGAGUUACAGAGUACUAUUGUCAUGUAUAAACAGGUUUGUCAAGAGUUGGCUCUUGCUCAAAGUAAGGUUCAUUUACUUUCAUCUGAAUGUCUUGAAGAAUCAAGAAGAGUAAAUGAUUCCCUGAAAAGAGAGGAGACUUUGAGAAAGAUUGCUGCUGAAGAAAAAGAAAAGUAUUUAAAAGUCAUGAAGGAACUUGAGGAGGCAAAAAUUAAGUACGCAAAAGAAUCAUAUGAAAGGCAGAUGGCUGAACUUAAUGUCCUCAAAGAAUCCGUAGAAAGGAAGAGAAUAAUUGAUACAUUGCUCUCAAGUGACAAGAGGUACAGAAAGUACACUAUGGACGAAAUUACAGAAGCAACAAACAACUUCUCUGAGGAUCUUUUAAUUGGUGAAGGAGGUUAUGGGAAGGUUUAUAAGUGCAGCCUUGAUCACACUGCAGUAGCUGUAAAGGUUCUGCACCAGGAUGCAAUGAACAAGAAAGAGGAGUUUCUGAAGGAGGUUGAGAUUCUGAGUCAGCUACACCAUCCACACAUGGUUUUGCUGCUAGGAGCCUGUCCUGAAACUGGCUGCCUUGUUUAUGAAUACCUGGAAAAUGGAAGCCUUGAUGACUAUCUUUCCAGUAACAGUGGGAAACCACCACUUCCUUGGUUCAUUCGAUUCCGUAUAGCUUUUGAAGUGGCUUGUGGGUUAUCAUUUUUGCAUAAUUCAAAGCCUGAGCCAAUUGUUCAUCGAGACAUGAAACCAGGAAACAUCUUGCUGGACAGAAAUUAUGUGAGCAAAAUUUCAGAUGUUGGAUUGGCUAAACUCCUUUCAGACAUCAUACCUGACGAUAUCACUGAGUACAGAGAAUCUGUUCUUGCUGGGACUCUGCAUUACAUGGAUCCAGAGUAUCAGAGAACUGGCACUGUCCGACCAAAAUCAGAUGUAUAUGCAUUGGGAAUUGUAACUCUUCAAUUGAUAACUGGUCGCCACGCACGUGGAGUCAUUUUGGCUGUUGAAAAUGCGGUUAAAAAUGGCUCCUUCUCUCGUAUUUUAGAUAAAUCAGCUGGAGAUUGGCCACUGACUGAGACAGAAGAGUUGGCUCAAAUUGCCCUAAGAUGCUCAGCACUGAGAUGCAGAGAUAGGCCAGAUCUUGAUACUGAAGUUCUUCCUCUACUCAAAAGAAUCUGUGGUGUGGCAAAUGCUACUGCAAAAGUGGGAAGAAAUCGCAUGUGCCAACCAAGUCAAUAUUAUUGUCCAAUUCUUCAGGAAGUAAUGGAUGAUCCACAUAUUGCUGCUGAUGGUUUUACAUAUGAGCACAGAGCAAUCAAGGCAUGGCUCAGUAAACACAAUGUAUCGCCUGUAACUAAGCUUACACUGCAGCAUUCUACAUUGAUUCCAAACCAUACCUUACGUUCUGCCAUUCAGGAGUGGAAAUCGGGACAGAAGUGAAGCAAACCUUAUGGUGGAAUUUGAUGUGUGAAACAUCUUAGUUUUCCUAGCAUUUAAAAGAUGUUUGAUCAUACCAAAUAUGGAGGGAAGUUUCUUGUUUGUGCCCAGAAUUUCUCUUACCACACAUUUCAACUUUAGCAUCUCAUAAAACUGUCAUAAUUUGAAUGGCGUAAAAGGAUUGCAGAACUUCACAGAAGUUGAGGUUUUGUCUUGCUGUAAUGGUGUAAAUUGUCUUUUUUUUUUUUUCCCAGUUGUAAAUAACUUUUUUCCCAAGCCACUGUGUGUAGCUCAUCAGAGAUAUGUCAGAUAUUUAAGAGCCAUUUAUGCUUUGUUGUAUGUC